AUGUUCAAGCGCACAAAAACGGGGACGGGAGCAACUUCCUCUAAAGGAGGGUGGAAGGGAAAAUCCAAGGAUCCCCCGUUUCGUUUGUUGAAUCGUGAGGAUCAUAAAACUUAUGAUUUUCUCGUUUCAAAUAAGCGUCAACUCAAGUCAAAAAAAUUCCUCCAUAGGGAAUCUUUUGCUAGUCUUGGGGUGCUCGAUGGAGUCCAAGCGUUAUUUAACAACAUCGGGUGGGGUCAAUUCCUCCAUAACCGCGCCGCCACCUAUGUUGAACCCACCUUGGAAUUUCUUACCACAUUCAAUCCCGAGGAGGAAGCCCAAACCGUCACCUUUCAAAUGCUCGGCGAGAAACGAUCUCUACCACAUCGGGUCGUGAAUGCUUUGAUGGGUGCUCCAGUGGACAACCUAUAUUACCAACAAGACCCAUGGCCCGGAAACUUCAAUGAACAUUACUUUUGGCAACAAAUUACCAAUGAGCCACAAUAUUCAUCGUCUUCUUCAAAGGCCUCCUCCAUAAUUCACCCAUGUUUGCGCCUAGCGCAUAGAGUUCUCACAUGCACCAUUUUCGCCCGCUCCGAAGUGGGAUAG